AUGAGAGACGGGACGCUGUUUGAUGCAAAGAAAUGUCGAUUUAUUGAUCAGCCUCCCCCGUUAUUGCAUGGCGUCAGCCGGUUUCGGAGCCGGCGGCAGCCGAGCGCGGGGCCCGGCCCCUUCGGCCCCAGCCCAACCCGGGCUGCGGCUGGCCGGCGGCCGCUCCCGGCAGCAGCGGAGGGUCGGGGGUGGGCCCGCAGGGCGGGGGGCCGCAGGCCACGUUUAGGUCGCGGCGCGGAAGCCGACGGUGGCAGUGCCGAGAGGCGGCGGCGGCAACGGGGUGGCUGCCCGCGCGCAGCUGCGAGCCCAGUCCCGCACGGCCCCGGCGCCCCCGCCCGCUGUCCUUCCCGCCUCGCUCCGCGUCCCCCCGGGCCCUGCUCGUCCGCCGCCACGGCUCACUGCGCGCCGCCGCGCCCCGCGGCCUGCCCGUGCGCGUCCUUGCCGCGGCAGCGGGAUGCCCGCCCGGCCGCCUGCACCUGCAAGUGUGGGUGCGGAGGCGGAGGUGCCCGUGCUGCAGCGCGGGGUGAAGCAGCGGGAGCGGAGGUGCGGCCGCCGGGUCACCAGCCGGGAGGCGCCUGCGGGGCCCGCCUGGUCGUGGGCCGACGCGCCGCGGGAGCGGGCCGGGAGGGCAGCACAGGAUUUUCAGAUGACAGAGAAGGUCACACCUUCUGUAUCUUCAUUUGGCCAGAUAACCUCGAGUGCAAGCUGUAUGGCACGGUGCCAGGAUCUCCACUCUUGCAAAGAAACGGUCAGUUCUGCUGUAUUGCCCCACAUGAUGAUAUCAUCAAUGUAUUGCUGAUGUCCUGGAGCUUCACCCUGUUCCAGUGCAGCCUGGAUCAGUCCAUGGCAGAUGGAUCAACCUGUGGAAGGCUGGGAGAUGAUCUGAAAAACAGGAGACACUACGGCUAGUUGCAGAUCUGAGCUGAAAAUAUUGAAGCAACUGCUAUGCCUCCCAAUAACCUCCUCUGGGAGGAGAAUUCUUGCGGCACUGGUAAAAAUGUGGAAAUGGUACUGAAAAAUUCUUUGGGAGAGGAGGUUUCUCAGAGAAGCACUGUCUGAAAGAACUAUAUGUGAAGAAGAAGAAGCAGCUGAACCUGUGCAGAAAGCAGACAUUUACAGACAGCAGGAAAUGAGAAAUUUGAAGAUACUAUCAGAGAAAAUGUCUCAUGGAUGCUGAAGAAAUGCAACUCUGAAGGCAAUGGAAAGAUGUGAACUUGCAGUAACAGUAUAAAAUGUUUUGAAAUACAAGGGAGCAUAAUGAGAUAUGAUAUAUUUGAUUGUUCAUAUUCUGAGUUUUAUCCAUUACCUUACCGUGUUCACCAGUUCUUCUAAAAAAAACCCAAAAAACCAAAAAGGGAAGGGUAACAAUUGUAAGUUUCUCUAGUGCAACAUUUGAGUUUGCUACUUUGCCAUGUUUCUGUUAGUAGGCAUAUUAAAGUCAGUUAGAAAAGGUGAUACAGAACAGUAAUUAAGUGUGCAUAUCAAAAUGGACAAAAAAAUGGAGAGAGCUGGCUGUGUUGGAAAUCAUAUCUUUUGGGAGCCAUAGUUUUUGGCCUAUAACUGAAUCUUAAUUUCAUGGCAUUUAAUACAAAAUUAGGUUUUUAUUGCAGCUAUGCCAAAGUACUAAAGCGCCUCCAGCUGCUCUUGCAGUUCCUGGGAUUGUGUAGUUCAGCUUAAGUUGUGGUAGCUUUACUUGCAAAAAUAUUAUAGAGAUUAGAUUUCUUUAGAUAAAAAACUCUCAAGGUACUAGUAUAUGCUCCCUGCAGUAUUCACCACCUGUUUAAACUCAGUGAUGCUUUCUGAUUCGAGAUUCAAAUACAGUGAUUAUUUAAAUUGUGUUUUUCUGAACCUGUCUUCCAUUACCCCUCAUAGGAAAGGAAACCAGCAUUUAUUUACUCACAGGGAAUAACAGGUUGUACAGCUUUGCAUGCUGACUCUUGAUUAGACUGUGCCAGGCUGAUUAUUUCAUAUAUUAAAAAUGCACAAUAUAUUGAGUUCCUAAACCUUUUACUGCGCGAUUUUUUUUUUCUGAGGUAACUCUUUGUAUUUGUAACAGAAAGACCCAAGGACAUUUAACAAAAGCUGUAUGAUCAUGUAAACUUCCAGUCAGCCAGGUUCCUCAAAUCAUGGUAAUCCUUGCCAGCUUAAUAGAGCCUUCUCAGAAGCACUGACGAGCGAGGGAAAGCAAGCGGCCGACUCAAUAUGAGUGAUAGAGCAAGCUUCGAUUUAUUACGGCGCGAUUAUGUCUUAUAUACAGUUCCAGUUAAUUAUGCCUACUAGUCAUCUGCUGAUUGGCUAAGCUCUAAAGGGUUACAUUUUCACACGUCCUCCUACCUGCGGUUUCUGCGGAUAGCUAGCUACAUAUUUUUUUUUUCCUCUCUUGUCUACGCGAAUUCCUCAAAGUUAUUUACAACAUUAGGCACAAGGUCAGUGUUUUUCUCAGCUUCCUUAUCAACAUGCCUCAGCACAGCUGCAAGGCCUGCUUCAGCUAACUUACGCUAACUUUGUUUCACAAAGAUCUUUAAGGGAGUCGUGGCCGUGAUCACACAGCCAUUCUGCAACAAAGCACAACAUAUUUUUGUGCUUUCUCUAUGUGAAUUUUUAAUCUGUGAGCCUGAUGGCAUUUAUUUCCUUUGCUGCCAAAAAAGAAUUUUUAUAAAAGAAACACCUGUAACUUUCUUGCAGGAUGUGAAUUGUUGACUCUAAACAAUGUGCUAUUUGAAAAACGAUGUCCAUGCCCCCCAGAUUUAUGUGUUAGUCUCUGUUUUAUUGAAACCUUGCUGGAAUAGAAAUAUUCCACUGUGGUUUUGGGUAUCAAUUUUCUUAGAUUAUACCACUGCAGACUACCCAGUUGCUGUUGACCUCUUCAUGUUGAGGUGCUGUUGGGGAAGGCAUUUUCAACACUGUGCAUGCUUGCAUGCUAGAAACUUUGUUUUUUCCUACAGAGCAAUCAAGGCUCUAAAACGUUUUUAAUAGAAAAGAACAGCUUUGUUAAAAAAACUUAAAUGAAACAAUAAAACCAAAUGAAAACAAAAAAAGCCACACAGAAAAAAGAAUGUAGCCCAGCUGAUCAUGUGAGCACUUAGAGGGUGAAGGAUGCAGUGAAAUUCCUUAUUGGUACUCUUCCUUUAUUUAAAUUUCUUAUUCUGGAGAUGGUUUCAUGUUAAACAUGUUGGUUGUGGUGUUAAGAUAGUGUAACCAGCUUAAAUUUGCUUACAUGAUUUUUUGACAAAUAGAAGGCUGUAUUGAUAUGGAUUGUCUUGCUUAUUUACAAUUUGUAGGAACAAAACAAGUCUUCAGCGGUCUAGUCUAAGUGUGUAUGGAAAACAAUUGUAAUUUUGUCUAUGUGGAGAUUUUUUCUGUCCAUUUUGCAUUAAUCUAAUGCUUGAAAAAGCAUUGAAUAAUAUAUGACUGUUAAAGAUAUUAAAAAGUAAAUCUUUUGGA